AUGGAGCCCACGAACGCACGGAAGGCGUGUGACUGUGGACGGCGCAUGCGUACAAGGUUCAGUCAGCUAGGCAGACCGUGCUCAGAAGACAAAGCGGAGGAGGGGGGUAAGGGACACAAGGCACGCACACGACAUACCGGUACUGGUAUUGCAAAACUGAAACCAUCGCCGAGCGUCUCCGUGGGUGUAUGUCUGUCGCGCGCUUCGCCCACUACCGCGACAGGCAAGGAAGCGAAGAACCGUGCAGCGAUCACGGGACGACGAGCACGGCACAGCGGCAAAACCAAGGAAGCCAGGGACAUGAUGCAUGAUGCCCACGCACCUAAACAUAGCGCACAUACAAGGUCAAGUAUGCGCCAGACGAGAUCGGCGGGUAUCAGAGGGCGGCUUACCCUUUCUGGCGCUACGGGCGCUGAUCCUGCCCGGCAGCGCGGCCUCUUGAGUGAUCGCCGGCGUGAGAUGGCGUCCGCGUUUGAAGCUUUCGAACAUGGAAAAUCUUUUGAAAUGCACCCGUGGCGCAUCAUCACGCCCGAAGCAAAAAAACGUGUUCUCCUUCCCGAUCGGCCGCCGGUAGCCGAAUUUGGCAAGGCUGCCUCGAAUCCAGCCCGGAUUUUCAGGAGGCCUGCGUGCUUGCGGCGACCGCGAUGUUCGAGCUCUGCUCCGUCGGGUGCCCUGGUGCAAGACAAACUCCACAGCAACGUUCAAGAAAUGCAAGCCAAAAAUGAAGUGUACGGUCCGAAGCAGAUCUUAGGGGGCGUUGUGCGGCGCCUUCCAUUGGCCAUGCAAGGGCUGGUGGCUGCGCUCCGCGUCAAGGAAGAGCCUUGGUGCUGGGAAGGAGGCGGGGCGGCGUGGCCUUGCCGACCCUUUGUCGGUUCGUCGCCCAUCAAACGUCUGCAUUUCAUUCCGUCUAAUAAUUAUGCGCGCCCCCCGCGUUUCGUUCGCUCGUUCCCCGCGCCUCGUCGCUUCGGCGCCUCUUCCGCACCACCCUCUUUGGUCCCCCUCCGCUCCGCGUUAAGGCAUUCUUUCUCGGCGGCGGCGGCGACCCAUUUUCGGGGCACCCAUUACGACGCCAAACGCCGCCUUUUCAGACAGCUGUCGAACGUGUUGCUGCCGAUUGUCGGACUGGAUCGCUGUUUUGGAUGCUGGUUCUUGUUCGAAGCGGAGAGAGUUCAUAAGAAGCGGGUCUGCCGAUCGUAUGCAUUCAUGGGGCAGGGUGCUCGGCGUAGCUCCCCGUGGUUAGCGCGCAUCCUGCCCAACUUGAAGGAUCCAAAACCCCAAGAUGAUUCAUACGUACAAGUUAACGUUAAUGAGGGUUCCGUGGAGACCGGCAUUGACAAAGUCGCGGGCUGUUGUGUCAGUGAGGAUCAUGUCAUCAAGGGGGCAGCCGAGCCAAAUUUACAUCUCGGAUUUCCUUUUUGUGAUAAACACAAAUUCCGAAAGGAAGAGAACCUUCCUGAUUUAGAGGAUCGCCGGUCAUCCGGGCCUCCGCGGCACACGCAGGCGCUCGAGAAAUCGUCGCGGAAGAACUACCCGCUGUAA